AUGAAUGAGUUUUCAGUCUUCGUCCCGGUGACGACGGGCGCGAUGAUGUUCGCGAGCGAUUUGCUGCGACAGACGUACGUCACGCAGCGGACGCUGCGCGCGGAGCUCGAUCGACCGUACGAUCGACCGGUGAUCGCGUGCGCGACGUGCGCGUCGUACGGGGACGGAACGGUGAGCGGCGAGGCGAAGACGGCGCACGCGCCGAGCGAGGCGACGGUGCGAGGGAAACGGUGCGUGAUAAUCGAGGAUAUAAUCGAUACGGGGAAGACGGUGGUGGCGUUGGCGAAGGAAUUGUACGCGAGAGGGGCGGAGGAGGUGGCGGUCAUCGCGUUGAUGGAUAAACAGGCGAGACGGGACGAGGCGUGCGCGAAGUGGAUGCGGGAAAAGGAUAUGAAAAUCGCGGCGGCGUUCAUGUGUCCGGACGAAUUCGUCGUGGGGUACGGGUUGGAUUAUCGAGGGAAGUACCGCGAGUUGCCGUUCGUUGGGAUUUUAAAGCCCGAGAUUUUUCAGUCGUAG